AUGGUGUUGGAUCCCUCUAAAUAUCAGGAUAGAAGAACAUGGAAGAUGACCCCAGCGAUGAUAAGGGCAAGACAGCCCUUUUUCAAAGGUAAUAUGAUUGGACUGGCUCUACUGGUAGCAGUCACUGGCGGUGUGUACGCCUACACCUACAACUUUUUGCACAGGGAUAACGAUUUUGCGGAUGUGCCCAUCCCACCUAUCGAUGAGAAGGAGCUGGCGCAGCUGAAGAAGGAGUACGAAGUGCUCAAGGCCAACAGAGACAAGUGA